GAGCUUUAAGACAGAGGAUCAAAAUUUGCAUGUAACGCAUCAUGAAAAAAAUAUAACCAAUGAGCUAUCAUAAUUUUGAACCAAUCAAUGGCUAAGGAAUACUAAUGACUUAUGUCUCCUCAGACGUCCGACACAAAAACCCCACUAUAUAUAAGCGCUGCAAAAAAUUUGAGAAUCAUUCCAUUCCAAUUCUACAGUUUAGAAGAACCUCGAAGAAAAUAAAGAAAGAAAAUAUUGAAAGAUGUCUGGUCGUGGUAAAGGAGGCAAAGGUCUUGGAAAAGGAGGCGCCAAGCGUCAUCGCAAAAUCUUACGAGACAACAUCCAGGGAAUCACAAAACCCCGCCAUUCGUCGUCUUGCUCGUCGUGGUGGUGUAAAACGUAUCUCGGGUCUGAUCUAUGAAGAAACUCGCGGUGUUCUCAAAGUUUUCCUCGAGAACGUGAUCCGUGAUGCCGUCACCUACACCGAGCACGCCAAGAGAAAGACCGUCACUGCCAUGGAUGUUGUGUACGCACUCAAACGACAAGGACGAACCCUCUACGGAUUUGGUGGAUAGAUGACUGGCUUCUAAAGAUUAAACAAACCAAACGGCUCUUUUUAGAGCCACUAAAUGUUCUAAAAGAAUACAAACGAGCCUCGAAUUAUUGAUUACAUAAGCUAAAAUCGUUGAUAGAAUGAUAGAUUAAAAUAAAGGAUGUAUUUAUAUCAAUUCGGCUAGGCGGUACGGGGCAUUCUACAGGCAGACGAGCCCUGCUCAUAUAUGGCUAUAACAUACCUCCAUGACAUCGGACGCUACAUUUUUGUUAUAUUUUUGCUAAUACUCUAAUAAAUUCGUGUUUUUAUCACUCGCAAGACAGAUCGGUGGGAGGCUCUACUUGCACCAAGAUUCUCAAGUGUUUAAUACUACUGAAUAGGUCGGAGCACUCUAAGAUUCUAGUCCUAGACCAUGUAUUACAAUUAAAGCCACAAGUGUAGUUUAUCCAAAUAUUCCCACAAUUCUUGUGGACUUAACAAUGCAAUGUAGUUAAUCCGCAUUAAUUCGAGAGUCGUUUCAGUUCGUUACUACAAAGUUCGUGUUCUAAAAUAACGUUGAUCUACACAAUUGAAUCUUAAUAUUUUUUGUUUUGCUACAUUUGAAGUCCCGAAAAUGGCCUAUUGAUUUGUGCAAUACCACCCGCAUAAACUUUUCACGUGCUUCCAAACAAUGACUAUGAGUACCUCACUUGUAUUAAAAUUCGCGUCGUAUUCAUUUUCGCAUUCUUACAUCUAACAUAUGGCCAUUACUCUUACAUCUGUAACAAAGGACAUUAUUAGCAUUUAGAAACAGAAUACCCUUUUGGGCCUGGCAUCAAAUUUUCGAACCCACUAAUAAAUUACCCUUGUUAUUCGAUUAAGCAUAUAUCUAACCAACAUCUAUUUGGAAUAUCUAUUUGGAAGUUCCAAAUUCCCUAGCGUCAUGAAUUAUCAUUUUCAAAAUACAUGAAGCAUAAAUGAGAUACUUAGCUGUCGAAAACUUGCAGAACUUCACGAAACGCGAUUUGAAGUUUGUUGCCUCUCAUAAACAUCGAUCUUAAAGUCUCUGUUAUCGAUUCGUGAACACAAAUCAGCCAAUCACGUUUAGCGUUGAACAUAACAAAAUAUAAAGUAGCAACUACCCCUUACAUGUCCGGCAAACAUUUUAUGUUAAAAAGUAAACCUACAGUAGUAACCUAACAGCGACACAAUACUCUUUAAAAUGCAAAAAUAGUAGAAAUUUACUUAAUUUCGUUAUGAGCCGACAUCGUGUCAUGAGUGGCCAUGUGAUCUUCAAGUUCUCUGGGAACAACAAACAUAACAUCACACACGCAACAAACGUAUCCAACACCAGUUGGUUCUGUUGAUCCAAGUUCUUGACAUAAACCACAUUGAUAGUUUCCAUCAUUACCAUGUUGCCUGGCAAUAUGUUGUACCAAUUUCAUGAAAUUAAUACAUCGUUUGUCACAUUUACUGCAGCUACAUUUUCCAUCGUGUUCAAACACGAAAAAAUGUUCAUUCAAAUCUUGUGGUUGAACAAUCUCUCUGCUGCAAGUGUUGCACAACAAAUGUUGCUUUUUGUGGUGGGUAAGAGAGGAUUUUUUUGCAAAUCUUUCCUUGCAAACGUCACAUUCGUAAGGCACUUCUUCAGUGUGUCUUCUUCUAUGUCGCAUCAAACUACCAGACUGUGUAAAUCUCUUCUUACAAACUUCACAUUCAUAAGGUUUGUCUCCAGCGUGCAUUCUUUUGUGAUCCGCUACGCUUUUUGGGUUUCUUAAUCUCUUCUUACAAACAUCGCAUUCAUAAGGUUUGUCUCUUGUGUGAGUUCUUUUGUGUAUUGCUAAAGUUCCUGAUUGUGCAAAUCUAACAUUGCAAAUAUCACAUUCAUAAGGUUUCUCGCCUGUGUGCGUUCUUCUAUGGUUCACCAAGUUGCCAUACUGCGCAAAUCUCUUCUUGCAAACAUCACAUUCAUAAGGUUUGUAUCCAGUGUGUGUUCUUUUGUGUUUCGCAAAAUCGUUUGACUGUGCAAAUCUCUUCUUACAAACAUCACAUUCAUAAGGUUUAUAGCCAGUAUGUGUUCUUUUAUGUAUGGCUAAAUAAUUUGACCGUGCAAAUCUCUUCUUACAAACAUCACAUUGAUAAGGUUUGUCUCCAGUGUGCAUUCUUCUAUGGUUGGCCAAGCUGCCUGAGUGUGUAUAUCUCUUCUCACAAACAUCGCAUUCAUAAGGUUUGUCUCCAGUGUGCAUUCUUCUAUGGAUGACCAAGCUGCAUGAGUGUGCGAAUCUCUUCUUACAAACAUCACAUUCAUAAGGUUUGUCUCCAGUAUGCGUUCUUGUAUGGAUGACCAAACUGGCUGAGCGUGUAUAUCUCUUCUUACAAACAUCACAUUCAAAAGGUUUGUUUCCCGAGUGUGCUCUUUUGUGUUUUACUAAGCUGCCUGAUGUCUUUCCACGAUGACCAGACAUGGUUUAAUCCAGUUUGUGAGCUUGAUUGAGCAAUCUUAUUCUAUAACUACCUAAAA